ACCGAGCUGUUGACGCGCUGUUCACCGGAGCCGCUGACCGGAGCAGCACGAGUUAAAGAGACGCGAUGGACGCGGACAGACUGGCGGAGCUGCAGCUGACGCGCGCGGAGAUGCGGCGGAUCGGCGAGGCGCUGCAGGACCGGCGCUUCCGCGAGUUACUGACCCAAUAUGUGGAGGAGAUCUCGAGCCCCGAGAACCGGCGCCGCUACGAGGAGGAGAUCCGGCGGCUGGAGGAGGAGCGCGGCGCGGCGGUGCAGUUCAUUCACCCGACGCCGCAUCACGUGCUGAAGGGCCGCGGCCCGAGCGGGAAGUGCUUCAUCAACAUCUGCUCCGAUCAGCUGAUCGAGAAACCGCGCAGCGAGGCGGCCACCGACGACCGCGGGAGAUCCGGCCACAGCUGGCGGAUCCCGUACAGCCUGACUCCCGGCCGAGCGGGCAGAGACGCCGCCGGGGCGCCGUGCGUGCUGUUCGACGCGGUGUUUCACCCGGACGCGCUGCUGAUGGCGGAGAAUAACGCGCGGUUCAUGACGCUGAUCCACCGCACGGCGACCGGCGGCAUCCAGGACAACUUCCGCAUCCGGCUGGAGCACGUGACGCGGCUGAAGAUGAUGAAGUAUAAAGGAGAACCGCAACCCACCAUGAUCCGCAGGCCGAACCCGGGCCAGACAGAGGCUGCAGACCGCGGCCCACAGCAGCCCACCGACCCACAGCAGACCACCGGCCCACAGCAGCCAACUGACACACAGCAGACCACCGGCCCACAGCAGCCAACUGACACACAGCAGCCAACUGACACACAGCAGCCCACCGACCCACAGCAGACCACCGGCACACAGCAGACUACCGACCCACAGCAGACCACCGGCCCACAGCAGCCUACUGACCCACAGCAGACCACUGACCCACAGCAGUCCACUGACCCACAUCAGCCCACCGGCCCACAUCAGCCCACCGACCCACAGCAGACUACUGACCCACCCCCCACUGCCCCGCAGUACCGCCUGAAGUACCGCUCUGUGCUGGACCUGCAGGACUACCGCUGCUGCAGAGACUCGGGGUCUGCGGGCCGGCCCACCGCCAUCAUCAUCGAGGUGGAGGUUCCCCGGCUGAGGAGCGCACAGGAGGCGGAGCUGCGGGUGGAGGAGCGGCGGCUGCUGGAGGCCCCGACGGCGGAGUACAGGCUGGAGCUGCCGCUGGCCUACCCGGUGGAGGAGGAGCGGGCGGAGGCGCAGUUCAACCACACCCACAGACUGCUGACCGUCACCCUGCCGGUGCUGAAGAGGAGGAGGGUGGAGGAGGAGGAGAGGAGGGCGGAGGAGGAGGAGAGUAGGAAAGGUGGAGACGAAGAUGGAGAGCUUCACCCAGACUGUGGUCCUGACCCACCAAUGAUGGAGCUGCAGACUGAAGACACACACACUCCUCCUGCAGACACACACACUCCUCCUGCAGAUACACACACUCCUCCUGCAGACACACACACUCCCGCUGCAGAAACUGGAGCUGGUCUCGGCAGCGGUGCGGCUCUGCUCUCCUCUUCUAAUGUCAUCAGUGUGUGUGGAGCAGAUGUUCAUCAGCAGCUGGAGGAGCCAGGAGACCCUUCAGCACACACUGACCCAGCACACACUCACCCAGCAGACACUGACCCAGCAGACACUGACCCAGCACACACUGACCCAGCACACACUGACCCAGCAGACACUGACCCAGCACACACUGACCCAGCACACACUGACCCAGAGAUGGAGAGCCGCAUUGCUGGUCUGCACCUCCAGAACACUCUGUGCUUCCAGUUGGACUGAGGAGGAAAUCAGCAGAGGGAGGGAGUGUGUGUGUGUGUGUGUGUGUGUGUGUGUGUGAGUGAGUGUGUGAGUGAGUGAGUGUGUGAGUGAGUGAGUGAGAGAGAGAGUGUGUGUGUGUGUUUGAGUGAGUGAGUGUGUGUGUGUGAGUGUGUGUGUGAGUGUGAGUGAGUGAGAGAGAGUGUGUGUGUGAGUGUGUGUGUGAGUGAGUGUGUGUGUGUACUCUUGUUGUCUUCUCUUUCGUUCAGAAUGUUGUAACGGUAGCACGGAAACAGUGUAAACACAGGGCUUGACUGAAAUAAAACACACACACACACA